AUGGCCGAUGUGGAUAUCAAAAAACCAGAAUCUGGUCAAUCCUUUGAUGCUUCUAGUGGUCUGGUUGAAGUUGAAAUCGAGUGGGAAGAUGAUACAGAAGGGUUUGACUUCUCAGAUCUCGACAACGCUAGAAACUACGACAUUGUGUUGAUGACAGGUACCAACGACGACAUCGAAACCGUCAAGCAGCUUGGAAGUAAUAUCGAUAACGAAGAACGUUCUUUCACAGCAGAAAUCGAUAACGAUCUCGGUCCCAACGGGUACUACUUCUUCCAGAUCUACACCCUGUUUCCUAACGAUGGGUACACCAUUCACUACACCAACCGGUUCAGACUCACAGGUAUGAGUGGAGGCACUUCAACGUUUACCUUUAACGAUGGCCUUUUCUCACAUUCCGGCGACCAGCCUUCACCUCAAUGGAACGCCGGCGGUACUGCCCUAAAGGUGGAAACAGAGUCCUUCUCUCUUACCUACACUGCACAGUCUGGCUGGGUCAGAUACGCCCCAAUGCAGCCCAACCCUACGUUCCCAGUAACAGGAACAAAUUACUCCCAUCGUCACGAAACCUCCGACUACACAGCUUACACGACCAUCAGCCAUUUCCCAGAUGCCUGGACAACCACCACUGCUGAAAGAACAUACUCCAUCAACUCCAGAGAAAACACCGCUCCAGUGAACUCUUAUCCUACGUACUGGUACCCUCCCUCGUCGCGAGUAAGUCUGGCCACUUUAUCUGAUGCUAAGAAGAAGAGGUGGUUGUAA